AACUCGGAGACUUGUUAAAGUUUUGAAAAUUUGUAAAAUACUUUUUAAGACAAAAUCGCAAUGUUUCUUGUUCAAAAUCCUCCAUCUGCUCCUUCUACACCGCGGGAACAGUUCGUAAGCGAUGUUGGACAUUCACAUCGUUUCAAAGUGAACAUCGAAGGCGGUUUAAAAUUGUUAAAUCGUUUAGAGACCGAUUCGGAAAUAAUGUGCUGCCGUUUCAAUCCUGAAGGAAACCUACUUGCUGUUGGUCUGGUCAACGGGGUUACAAAAAUCUACACAGUUGAGCCGCUAUCAUGUGUAUAUGUGUUACCAGCAGAAGAUACCGGCGGACAACCUUUGCCCGUCACAUGUCUCAGAUGGAGGCCAAAUAUUGGGAACCAAGAUUUCAAGAAUAUCUUGUUGGCAACAUAUGCAAGUGGUUCUGUAAAGACUUGGCAUGUUCCUACAAUGGAUUGCAUUAGUUCAAUCCAGGAAGGUGGUAGGCAGGUUUUGGCUUGUGCAUUUAAUGCAUCUGCAUCACAAUACAUCACGGCUGGAUCUGAUACAACCAUAAAUCUUUAUGAUGCUACCACAAGACAGAAAUUGUUCAGUUUGGAACCAAGCACAUCAUUUCUUGUGAUGGAUGGUCAUAUGAUGAGAAUAUUCUCAGUUAUGUAUUUCCCGAAUGAUGAUCACGUCUUUCUAUCCGGUGGCUGGGACGACACACUACAGUGGUGGGACAGUCGGGCCGACUCGAAACACUCCGUAAGGAGGAUUUUCGGUCCUCAUAUCUGUGGGGACGCUCUGGAUAUCAUGCCAUCGAAUGGUAACAUUUUAACUGGCUCAUGGCGCAAGGACAACAGCGUUCAGAUCUGGGACUUUAACAGCGGUGAACUGAUAAGAGAUGUCCCGGAUGAUUUCAAUAAGUCUAUGACAUAUUGCACCCAGUGGUUGCCCGAUGGUCAGAUCAUCGCUGGCGGAAGCGACCAGAACAUGUUAAGAAUGUUAGAACAAAGUGCAACCAGCACCGUGACGAUUGGUCGCAUGGUGGAUCUACCUCGCGCGGUCUACACUGUCGAUAACGACCGCUCUGGACCGAACCCCAGGAUCGCGGUCGGCUCUUCAAACAAUAUUUAUAUCGUACAGCGCUCGUAAUCUUCAAAGACGAAACGACUUUGUUUUAAUCUGUGGGUGACAUUUUUCUGGCUUGCUGUGAAAGUAUAGCUUAGUCAUGGGGAAUUUUUAUCCCCACGGCAGUUAUAACCUAUAUCCCGGGAUAAAUUACCCUCACCGGCUAUAAUCUAUAUUAAGAUCUGUUCACACGAUCCAAUUUUGUUGGAUCCAAUUCACUUCUGAUGGAUGUUUUAUAGUUUGUUGUUUUGUAACGUA